AGAUUUUAGUACACUUUUAGCGUGAAAGGAAACGUGUCGGAAAAAGCCAUGAGUAACGAAAACGUGGAAAAAUUGAGUGAAUUAAGUGUUUCUGAGAAAAAGGACCAAAAGGCAUGAAAAUUUAAUGCUAUUGAAACAUUUCUGAGUAUAUUUUUCAAUGGGUUUAUUGGCAAUUGCAAAGAAAAUCAAUAAACAAACUUUAGUUCAAUUGCGUCAUCUUCAGCAAUUUUCCAUUCUGGCGGGAAAGAUGAGAAAAGAUAAAAAAGCCGAUUCCGGAAAGGAGAAAGUUCUUAAGGAACUAAAUCCCCAACCGGAUUUCAUUCAACAUCGUUUGAGUAUGUGGGAUACACUCAAAGCAAAAUACUUGGAGGAACUGGCUGCAAAACCCAAAAAUAACAUCGAUGUGACACUUCCGGAUGGAAAAAUUGUAGCUGGUACAUCAUGGCAGACAACCCCGUACGAUAUUGCUGUGGGAAUUAGCAAGGGAUUAGCUGAUAGUUGCGUGAUCUCAAAAGUGAAUGAUGUUCUUUGGGAUUUGGAUCGACCAUUUGAAGAGAAUUGUAGAUUACAGCUGCUGAAAUUCGACGAUCCGGAAGCACAAGCUGUGUUCUGGCACAGCUCUGCCCAUAUCUUGGGUGAAGCGAUGGAAAAAAUCUAUGGAGGGCACCUCUGCUAUGGACCACCGAUUGAGAAUGGCUUCUAUUACGAUAUGUUCAUCGAUGGGGAUGGGAUUUCCACAAAUGAUUAUAGUGCAAUGGAGUCUCUUGUGAAGCAAAUUGUAAAAGAGAAGCAACCUUUUGAGCGCCUAGAAAUGAAGAAAGAAGAUCUUUUGAAAAUGUUUGAAUACAAUGAAUUCAAGAAGCGAAUCUUGAAUGAGAAAGUAAACACAGAGACCACUACAGUGUACCGCUGUGGUCCACUCAUUGAUCUAUGUCGUGGACCCCAUGUGAGAAAUACUGGUAAAAUCAAGGCUAUGAAAGUCACCAAGAAUUCCUCAACCUACUGGGAGGGAAAUAGUGAAGCUGAGACACUCCAGCGAGUAUACGGGAUCUCCUUUCCAGACCCCAAACAGCUCAAGGAAUGGGAGAAGAUUCAGGAAGAGGCUGCAAAGAGAGAUCAUCGAAAGCUCGGAAGGGAACAAGAACUAUUCUUCUUCCAUGAACUCUCACCCGGAUCUUGCUUCUUUCAGCCACGUGGCGCCCAUAUUUACAACACCCUUGUGAACUUUAUUAGAUGCGAGUAUAGAAAGCGUGGGUUCCAGGAAGUAAUAUCACCCAAUAUGUACAACGCCAAGCUGUGGCAAAUUUCUGGGCACUGGCAACACUAUGCUGAGAAUAUGUUUUCCUUUGACGUUGAAAAGGAAAAAUUUGCACUAAAACCAAUGAAUUGCCCUGGACAUUGCCUCAUGUUUGAUAAUCGCAACAGAUCUUGGAGGGAGUUGCCAUUGCGAAUGGCUGACUUUGGUGUGUUGCACAGAAAUGAACUCUCUGGAGCAUUGACUGGACUAACACGCGUCCGACGAUUCCAACAGGAUGAUGCUCAUAUUUUCUGUGCUCCCGACCAAAUUAAAGCCGAAAUUAUGGGUUGCUUAGAUUUCCUCGAUAGCGUCUACAAAGUUUUUGGUUUCUCGUACAAUCUUGUUCUCUCUACCAGGCCGGAAAAAUAUUUGGGAGAUCUAGAAGUAUGGAAUGAGGCUGAAAAAUCUCUGGAGGAAGCACUGAAUAAUUUUGGCGCUGCAUGGAAGAUGAAUCCCGGCGAUGGGGCGUUCUAUGGUCCAAAGAUUGACAUCACUAUUCUCGAUGCUCUUAAGCGCCCCUUUCAGUGUGCAACAAUACAGCUAGAUUUCCAGCUACCUAUUCGAUUUAAUUUAUCCUACGUAUCAGCUUCCGGUGAAACCAAACAGCCUGUGAUCAUUCAUCGAGCUAUCCUUGGUUCUGUUGAACGUAUGAUUGCCAUCCUAACGGAAAAUUAUGCAGGGAAAUGGCCAUUCUGGCUGUCCCCACGGCAAGUAAUGGUUGUGCCUGUUGGGCCUCCAUUCAAUGACUAUGCUGAUACUGUUCGCAAGCGUCUCUAUGAGGUGGGUUUCAUGGCAGAAAGUGAUCUCGAUGAUGGGGAUACGAUGAAUAAAAAGAUCCGGAAUGCUCAAUUGGCGCAAUUCAACUUUAUUCUCGUUGUUGGAGAAAAGGAGAAGACUUCCAACACAGUUAAUAUUCGUACACGUGAUAACAAGGUUCAUGGCGAAUUGAGUGUUGAAGAUCUUAUUGCAAAAUUGAAGAAAAUCCAAUAUGAAUUCACCAUAGGAGAAGAUUUGCAGUAAAGUUAAAAAAAAAGAUAGUGAUUUUUUCAUUAUUCGGCACAGUGAGUAUGCAUUUUCAACUCCUUCUCUGCGCUAAUAAACUACAUUAUUAAAAAUAAUAAAAUAAAGUAUAAAAAAAAGAUUCAGAUCUACAAA